UACAUGUAAAUCACUAAGAUAUUUUCACUUCCUUGAUAAAGAGGAAGAAAAACUUAUUCUGUGAUUGUUUUUAAGUGAAUUUUUACAUAAUAUCUGAACACAACUGAUUUGUUUUGGACUGUUUGAUUAAGCAACCUUAUCUUGAUGUAUAACAGAAUGCAUGUAACAAAUAGGAAAUAAGUGAAAUGGCUUUCAAGUUCAACAAACCGUCAGCAGCAUCAUUCUUUUAUGGGCGGAUCACAAGAGAGGAGGCUGAAUGGUUUCUGAGGGACAGGGGGGCAGAGGAGGGAUUGUUUCUGUUGAGAGAAAGCAUCAGUCCUCUGGGAAACUAUGCCAUUAGCAUCUGUCACAAUAACAAUGUUCACCACUACAGUAUAGAGAAAAGAUUAGAUGGACAGUUCAUGAUCGCAGAGGGAAAGCCCUUCGCUGGACCGCUGGAACUGAUUGAACAUCACAAAAGCAAUAUCGAUGGGUUUGUCACAAAACCAACUAAACAGUGUAACCGCUCCAAAUUUCAACCUGCCAUUGCAUUUAGAGGAAUGACAUACACAGAUCUUGAAAAUGAACUGUUGAAAAAGGCAGAAAAAAUGAAGAAUGUAAGAAUGGAGACUGCUCUCGGGGCUCAGAGAGAUCACUUGAUGGUGAUGGUGGCAAAGGACUUGCACGUACAGAUGCCAUGGUUUCAUGGCAGCAUCAGUCGGGAUGAAGCUGACAAGAGACUCAUGGCAGACGGUCACGAGGAUGGAAAAUUCUUGGUUCGACUUCGAGAGGAUAAGAAAACAUUUGCUCUGUCUCUGAGUCACAAAGGAGAAGCUAGGCAUUACAUGAUUGAAAAAAAGGAUAAAUUCCAUAUUUUGGGAGGACCAAAGUUUGACUGCAUCAUGAUCAUGGUUGAUCAUUACCACAACAAAGCCGAUGGACUUUUGUGUAAACUUGUUCUACCCUGUCCGGCACCUAACUUUGACAAAGGAAAAUGGAGAAAGUAUAUGGAUUAUAACUGUGGCAACACAGCAUACGGCUCAACGGAACAGAUCUCGAGGUCCCGAGGUGGAAGUUUACAAGAUGCACACGAUGGAGCAGGUAUUCCAGCUUUCCGAGCCCCACAGCCGCCUUUAGAAAGCUUUGAUUCACCCCCAGCUGUCCCUCCAAUCCGAUCCACUGGCCGACGACCAUCAAAUCGGGUCCGAGCUCCAUUACCGCCAUUACCUCGAGGUAUUAAAGAUGAAACUUGGGAGGAACAAGAUCAUCCCUCUGAACGACAUCGGUCAAUGCUUGAUAUUGAUGCCAACAACCUGAUGAAGAUUUAUGACACUGUUCCCAGAGACGAUGAGAUGUUCUCUCUACAAAGAUCUCAAAUCAAACUUGAUCAGGAAAAUUUAGGAUCCGGUCAGUUUGGGUCUGUUGCUAAGGGUGAGUGCACGCUGAGAAAUGGUAGUCGUAUCCCCGUGGCAGUGAAAACACUGAAGAACGAAGACAUAGGUGCCAAAGAGGAGAUGUUGAAGGAGGCACGCUUUAUGAUGAAUUUAAAUCAUAAACACAUAAUUCGAAUGAUUGGUAUAUGUGAUGCAGACUGCGUUAUGCUAGUACUGGAACUUGCUCCAAAAGGUCCCCUCAAUUCCUUCUUAAAGACUAACAAAGAUAUGAAGCAGUCAAACGUGGUAGAGAUAAUGUGGCAGGUGGCUCAGGGUAUGGCUUAUCUACAGCAGAAGAAAUACGUCCACAGAGACCUAGCUGCACGUAAUGUCUUACUGGUCGACCAACACUCGGCCAAAAUCAGUGACUUUGGAAUGUCUAAAGCAAUGUCCAGGGAACAAAACUAUUAUGAGGCUCAGAAUGCGGGGAAAUGGCCCCUGAAAUGGUACGCUCCUGAGUGCGUGUACUACUGGAAAUUCGACAGCAAGUCUGACGUGUGGAGCUAUGGAGUAACUCUAUGGGAGGCCACCUCUUAUGGAGACAAGCCGUACAGGGCUCCUUGUUGCAAGAAGAUUUACACCUGUCGCGUGUGUCAUGAUGAUAAAGAAAACCACGAGCUCAUCAGGAAGAAGGUGAUGCAGGUGUGUUGCCUUACCUGUAACAAAGUCCAGCAGGUCCAGAAUGCGUGUGAGGAAUGUGGUGCUGUGUUUGGUAAUUACUUCUGUGCAAUCUGCCGUCUUUAUGACGAUGAAGACAAGCAACAAUUCCACUGCGAUGGAUGUGGACUUUGCAGGGUUGGAGGGAGAGAGAACUUUUUUCACUGUGAUGUGUGUGAUGUCUGUCUAGCAGUAGGAAUGAAAGAUAACCACAAGUGUAUAGAGAAAUCCUCCCACUCAAACUGUCCAGUGUGUUUAGAAGAUCUCCAUACGUCGAGAAUUGCAGCUCAUAUCCCGCCCUGCGGUCAUCUCAUUCACUACAAAUGUUUCAAAGAUAUGCUUAAAACCGGUAACUAUGCCUGCCCAAUAUGCGGCCAGUCCAUGUUGGACAUGAGCGAUGUCUGGGAGAAUGUAGACGAGGAAGUGUCUCAGUGCCCGAUGCCCGAGGAGUACCAGGAUUACUAUGUCCAGAUUCUGUGUAAAGACUGUCAUGAGGAGAGUCGAGUGUUGUUCCAUGUCCUGGGCCUAAAGUGUCAACACUGUGGGUCUUACAAUACCUGUCGUACCCAGGAACCGGAGGGGGUGGAGGGGGGUGAAUCUCUGUCACCAAACCCCAGUUUGACCUCUCCAAACACCGGAAGUGUAACGGAGGCUUCUGUGAAUUCUGGGGCAGACGGUGACCUUCCAGCUACAUCAAGUAGCUCCACAGAUGUCACAAAUCUAACAACAUUGGUAGAUAAUUUAGAUACCUCAAGAGAAUCUGCAGGUAGAAUUUCCAGUCACUCGGAUAGCAAUGAAUAACAGCAAAUAAACCAUAAGAUCAAUGCAUGAUCAAGUUACUAGUUAAUAUUGUACAAUUAUUGACAUUGUAGAGGUCAAUACGACUCUUUAGCUAACCUUGGAAGUACAAUAUUUACCUAGCCAUGAGGGUAACUAAACCAUCAUAUUGACUGAGAAAAAAUUGAAAUAAUUGUUUUUUAUAUGAUUGAAUAAUUCAAGACUGGCUAAUAGAGAUUAGAACCGAUACCUGGUCGGUCAUCUUUGAUACAACUAUACAGCAUCUGUUAAACUAUCUGUUAAUUCUUGACAAGCAAAAUUUAAGUAUUAAAAUAAGAUGUGAAAAGUUACUUAGACCCAAACCUCAAAUUCUUAAAUUGGUAGGGGUGUUCUUCCUUCAGUAUAGGGGUUCAAUUCGCCAGUUCAAACUGAUAUUUCCACCACCAGUUACUAAUGCCAUGAAGGGGGAAGGUGGGGUCAUCCAGCCAAUAUAAAUUAAACUUGGCAUGUAAAGUAAAAGUAACAGGGAAAGUACAUCAUUGUGUGAGUAAUUGCAAGACUGUGUCAAAGUGACUAGAGAUGCCGCUUUUCAUUGGACAACCACAAAAAUAAUAAACAGUUGUACAAAUCUUGAAAUUCCCAAUUAUUUUGGCCCAAUGUUGGAGAAAUCAAAUGACUUUUUUCACUUUGAAGGCAUUUGCAUCUAUUUUUUGUAGUUUGUUGCAUCUUGGUCUAUCAAAUAGCAAGAAAUUAUUCAAUCAUAUAUGAAAACCCAUUAUAGAAUGAAAUUUUUUAUCAAUUACUAAUGGCAAAGAAGUGCAUAUCUUGAUGUACACUGUGCAUGUUUUAAAUUGAAAUACUGGUCUAUCAUUUUAUUUCAAUUAUUUUUACAAGAAUAUUUUGUGACUUUUAUUACGGUACUUUAAAUAGAUAUAUCAGAGGUGUUAGUAUGAAUUUGUUGUUAAGCAGGCAGAAAAUCACCACUAGUCUCUGUACAAUUUAACUCAUGUGUCAACUGUGAACAAAAGAUAUUUAUCAUAUCUAGAUGUCGUAUGUAUAUGAAUAAAAGUUAUUGUUGACGCAUGCAGUCCAUGAUUUGUGCAUGAAAAAAAAGUUCACAUUUUGUAGAAUUUUCCAAGGAAAAUGUUAGAAUAUGCGAUAAUAGGAAUCAAUUUGGGGGAUAGUGUUUUCUGGAUUUUUUGUUUUUUCCAUUCCACAGUAUUUCACAAAAUUGCUGAGAGAAAUUGAAGAAUGUUAAAAAUUGAGAGCCAGUUUUGGCUGUUCUUAUAAUCAGGUAUUAUGCAUGAAUAGUAAAGGGAGAUAAUGUUCAUAUAUGACUGCCAUCACUGUAAACAUUCUCAUUUAUAAAUAUUUGACAUUUCUUUGAAAAUUCAGUUUAUAUGUACCAGUAAUUAAUAUGAAAUGAACAGUACUAUGUAUUGACUAAUGAUAAUUAAAAUGAACUUUUUGUAUCUACAAAUAAAAUAGUGAUUAAUAGUACUUGUACAUAUCAACAACAAAUAAACCGGUGCAAAGCAGUUAUUAUUACAUGAACAAUUACUGGCAUACAUGUAUGUGAUAAACUGUUGCACUGUUUAAAGAAUAAUGCUCCAAGUUCAAAUUUUGAUUAGGAUUAUAAUGCCUAUUUAAUAAUAUGAAUCUUAAAUAACAUAUUUAGGUCACUGUUACAAAUCUUAAAACUGGUCACUUUCAAAAUGUAGAGUAUAAUUCAUUAGCUUGUCCUCUCUCUCUCUCUCUCUCGCUCUCUCUCUCUCUCUCUCUCUCUCUCUCUUGUGGUAAUUGGACUUUGUUGCACAAAAUUUAGUUGAAUAGCACUGGCAGUAAAGUUGUCAUUUAAUCUUAUAUUUAUACAUUUUUACAUCGUUUAUACUAAUUCCUCUGUCCCUGUUAAUAAAGCUCAUCAACUGUAAUGAGAUUUUUAUACUCUGUAGAAUGAGUUACACUGAAAAUAUUUUUUUAACUCAUGUAAUCAGCUUACAAAUCGGAGAUUUACUGUAAGGUUUUAUUUUGUAUAGAGAAAAAAUAUCAGUUUUGCAGGAACCUUUUUAUUCGUAAACUGUUGUUUGAAAAUAUAUUUUUUUGGUAAAAAAAAUCUUGUGAAGCAAUUGAAAUAUUUGUUCAAGAAGUGUCACAUAAGUUAUCACAGAUGGCUGUAGAUUUGCAGGCUUUCCUUAAUUUCUCGGAAUGAACGAAAUGUGCAGAGGACGAUCAGGGGUCAUAACGGUGUUUAACACAGCUCCUACCGGUCCAUGGUUGUACUCUAAGCGGAAGUUCUGAACAAUCUAAAACAGAGUGUUGUGUUAUUUCUAUAGAUCAGACAAUGUCUGGCUGUUAAUGAAUUAGAUUCAGAUAUCAUUGAACAUGAAGGGAGAAUUGUUUAUUAUCUGUAUUAUCCAUAUUGACAGGUUGCUUUUCUUGCCCUCUAGUUUUGGGGCGAUACUUACCUUUGUUACUAAUAUAUGCAUUUCCUGUUCAGCAAAUCUGCGUCCUGCAAUAAAUAGAUUUUUUGGAAUACA